GUUUUGCAUAAUAAAUUUAUACUGAUGAAUAUUCAUGACGAAUACCCCCUGCAUCGUCGUCUCCCCGCCUUACUGAAAAUCAAAAUGGCGUCUAUCGGAUCGGAGGUCGAAAUACAAGAGGUGGAAGUAGAGACGAUUCCCAUUGAUAUGAAUAUAGAGACUGUAGAAACAAGUGAUGAAACAAUUGAGGUACAACCCAUGAUAGCUUUACAACCUCUACCUGAUGCUAUUCAAGAGGAAAUAGUGCUACAAACACGGGAAGAAGUUGUCGGAGACCACGACUUGACAGAUGCCACAUUGGUUUACGAAGAUAGCAUAAAUGUUCCUGUCCCAGAAGUUGAGAUUUCCUCAGAUAUGUUUAUAGAGACUGGUAAAAAAACUAAAGGAGGAAAAAAGAAAGGUGGUAAAUCUAAAUUAGGACUCGUAUCAUCGGCAUCAAUUGUAGGAACAGAUUUUCCUUUGGACCCUUCAACGACCACUCGAAAAUGGGAACAAAAGCAAGUCCAAAUAAAAACGUUAGAGGGGGAAUUUUCAGUCACUAUGUGGGCCUCGGGGGGAGAUGAUAAAAAAGAUCCAUUAGAAGAUGCAGUAACAGAGGAAACUGUGACAACUAGCUCUGUGGAUGAUGUUGAUUACACAGAGUAUAUGACAGGAAAGAAAAUCAACACAGGUGGAAUACCAGGUGUUGAUUUAAGUGAUCCUAAACAGUUAGCUGAAUUUGCAAAAUUUGCCCAAAGCAGUUCCCAUGAGUAUGUUGAAUACCAAGACUCACCCAGGAUGAGUCGACCCAGGAAAAGUAAUGCAGAUGACACACCUAGAACUGUUCCAUGCCCGCAUAAGGGGUGUACUAAGAUGUUCCGAGACAAUUCAGCAAUGCGUAAACAUCUUCACACACAUGGCCCAAGGGUACAUGUAUGCGCUGAGUGUGGAAAGGCUUUUGUGGAAAGCUCCAAACUAAAACGCCAUCAGUUGGUUCACACAGGAGAAAAGCCAUUUCAGUGUACAUUUGAAGGAUGUGGUAAACGUUUCUCAUUAGACUUCAACCUCCGUACCCAUGUUAGGAUCCAUACUGGAGAUAAGCCAUAUGUUUGUCCCUUUGAUGGAUGUAACAAGAAGUUUGCCCAGUCUACUAAUCUCAAGUCACAUAUACUCACACAUACAAAGGCUAGGAAUAAUACUUCAAAUGUUGUACAAGGCUUCACAACAUGGACAUUGCCUAUGUGAAUACGGACACUUCUGAAGUGGACCUAUGUGAAUAUGGACUUUAUGAAUUUGGCCCAUGUGAAUAUAGACUGUAUGAAAAUAAACAUGAAGGGUCAACUAUGGAGUAUAUUAAAACUCAAAGAUGUUUGAAAAUCAAGAAUUGUGAGUCUUGUACCAUGAAGUUUUUUCUUUCAAACUUGUUGCAUUAGAAACAAAAUAGAUUUAUUUCCUAUUGAUAGGGAUAUACUUUUAUUAGGCAAACAGAGCUUUGCUUAUGCAGUAUUGGUGUGCCAAGCUGUUAAGAACAUGUUUUCAAAAUAUUCAACCUUAAGUAUAUUCUGCCAGCUGGGUACAUCAUGAUGUAGAACAGUUAUUUGCUUAAUUUCCAAUGCAGCCAGUUUCAAGAAAAACAAUACCUUGAUUUAUUGCGUUAAUUUGCGCCAUAGUUGUCCCCACUUGAUAAAAUAUAAUUGUAACUGUACACUCUGUAUAUAUAAAUAGGUAUCUCUAUCAUUUGUGAUACAAAGACUAUAUUGUGGGGCUUAAAGUGUUCACAGCAAUGGUGUUAACUUCUUGGGGUCUGUUGCAAACAGGAUUCAAUUGGUAAAACAACUACUUUAAAGAAAUUAUUUCCAUCAACACUUAUCAUGUCUGGCAAUUUGAUUUAUGCAAACACAGUGGAGCAAAAUUGAUUUAAAAUCGUUAGAUUAAACCUCUUGUCACAUGGCCCUUAAAUUAAAGGACAUCACUUAGACCUUCUAUGAAGGGAUCAUGUAUAUAAAUUUAAAAGUCUAGUAUUGUAGAAGAUAGAUGAUGAUGACAUUAAGUUUACCAAGAUUACUCCCAAUGAUUUUAUUGUCACAGUAUUUUAAGAUGUUUCCAACAUGUUAACACUUAUGGAAAAAUUAAGUUGAUUAUAUUUUGUCUCUUCCCCCCUCCCCAAAUAAUGGAUUUUGAAAGUGUUGAAUUUUUCAAGAAACGAAGAACUUCUCUAUUGAAAUAGUAAUAAUACCCCCUCCCCUCCUCUUACACAAUUACCUUUGUUCUUCUAUAACUGUUGACAUGGAAACCAUCUAAAUGUUAAGGCAAUUUUUACCAAAAUAUUUCUUCAUCAAAUAUGGUUUAAAUUUAAAUUACAUUACACUGUAAUGAUUACACUUUUGAUCAAAAUUGAUGAUAUAUAAAAUCAUGUUAUAUAAAAUCAAUAUUGUGUAGGAUCUAGUUGGUUCAUCAAAUUGUGCCGUUUACAAGUUUCUUUUGUCGACUGAUAAGUAUUUUAGUUUUAUAAUGUAUCAUGGACCCAUCAUAGUAAAAUAUUGCCAAUGCCAUUGAAGACAUUCAAUAAAGAAUCUUGCUUUGUAAAUUUUAAUGCUUGUUUUGCCUGCUAUUAUUCAAGUACAGGAAAUAUGAAAUCCAAAGAUAAUUGUUGUUUUGUAAAUGCAGAUUAUAUUUAUUUCUACUUAUGAAAUAUAAUUGGGAUAAUAAUAUAA